AAUACCCAAUGUGCAUCUUAUUUGUUGCCUUGCAAUUGAGUUUAAGGGUGAUUUGGGAUAGAGGAGUUCAGCUAGCUAUGCUCCAGUUUUUUCUCUUCUUUCAGAGUAUGAGGAAGUCUAAGAACAAAUACUUAUUGGGAAAUAUUUCUAUUGUACUGUUUGACAUAGGGCUUUUUCUUUAUUCCCGAUAACAGAUCACUUUUUCUCCUGAUGUCUCCCUUCAGCUAGAUACUGCUCUUCCUAAUGAUGAGUAGAAAAACUUUUCUGACCCGUUACCUUUCUACCAAAGUUGGGAGAUGGAAAUGCCAUAGAAAUACUGAUUUGAGUGUAUUUAAUGCAUUUUUUUUUCUGUGUAUUUAUUUACAGAUGGGGCAUGACUGGGGUUGGUUGGAUUCUGAACAAGACUAUCCCAAUGACUCUGAGUUGAGCAAUGACUGCAGGUCCCUCUUCAGCUCAUGGGACUCCAGUUUUGAUCUUGAUGUGGGCAGCUGGAGGGAACCUGAGGAGCCAGGGGAUGAGGAACUAGAGGAAAGCAGCCCAGGGAGAGAAGCUAGUGAGCUGCUUGUGAGGGACGGAGGCAGUGAGGAAUCUCAGGAAGAGGCAGAGCAAGUCAGCCGCCAGAACCUCCUCUUUCUCUCUGAGGUAGCUUAUUUAAUGGAGCCGUUGUGCAUUAGCAGCAAAGAAUCAAGUGAAGGCUGUUGCCCUUCAUCUGGUACCAGACAAGAGGCAAGGGAAAUUGAAGCUACUGAAGGAGAGGGGGAGCCCUACAGAGAACCUGAAGAACUUUCAGCCAAGGAAGACCCCUUAGUCGCUGAGAAGUCAUCACUGGGAGAAAAUGGAAGGACAGAGGUGACUCGACCUCCCUCAGAUAUUUCGGCACUUCAGGAACAAUCCAUAGAGAGCAAAGAGCGGGGAGUUCAGCAAGAAUCCAAAGAGGAGGACCAGGGUGAAGGGUAUGUAUCAGAAAUGGAGGACCAGUGUUCUUCAGGUGAGUGUGAUGAUGGCUGCAGCAUCCAGGAGACUCCUCUGGUGGAUAUCCUUUUCAGUCGUGCUGCCUCCUCAAAGCUGUCUGAUCGAUGCCAUGGUGAUCCUGUUCAGGAUCACUUGCUAUUUAAGAAGACUCUCCUGCCAGUCUGGAAGAUGAUAGCCAGUCACAGGUUCAGCAGUCCGUUUCUGAAGCCUGUGUCAGAAAGGCAGGCCCCAGGAUACAAGGAUGUGGUGAAAAGACCCAUGGACUUAACUAGCCUGAAAAGGAAUCUGUCCAAGGGACGGAUUCGCACCAUGGCUCAGUUCCAGCGGGACCUGAUGCUGAUGUUCCAAAAUGCUGUGAUGUACAAUGACUCUGAUCAUCAUGUAUACCAUAUGGCUGUGGAGAUGCAGCGAGAAGUCUUGGAGCAGAUUCAGGUACUGUAG